AUGUCUGUGGCUCAGCCAUCGUCUUUAUCUGCAGAUUAUUUCCUUGCAGCUUUUGAUCUCAAGCCGUCCAGACAACCUGCCUUGUUUCUUGAGUUGGAGCCUGUUUUGUGUUGUAUAUGUAGUGUUUGUAGACCUGCUUGCUAUUGUUGUGCAGGUCAUUCUUCAGUUUCUUCGCUCGAUAUCAUCGUCGCUUUUGCUUUCGAUGAGGCGGAAUUGUCUUCCUCAGUGACUCCGGAUUUUAAUCUCCUCCCGGGAAUCUUUCAUGAGACAAAUCAAAAUAUGCCGGCAUUUCUUCAAGAUAAGUGUAUUUUCUCCCUUCUGGGCUAUUAUGAUACAGAUUCCGGUGCCAAUGGGCAGUUUCCCAGGAAUGGAAAUGAUAGAGAUAAACAUAUUUUCUACUCCAGCAAUAAACAAAAGUUGACAUGCAGCCACAAUAUUCAUGAAGGCAAUCAUGGAAGAUGGAGCUGUGGAUGCCACAAAUUUGAUGGGCCACUAGAACAGUGUAGAAUUGCUUCUCUAGAAAACAAUCCAUGGGUCAAGCUUGUAUAUGGUUUUUCUGAAACUGUUGACAGAAAAAUUGAACUGAUCCCUAAACUGGAUCAUGUGCAUUGGGAAAAGGAAACGUCCCAGUUGAAUCUCCAUGUAGUAGUUUAUGAUAUUCCUACUUUUGGUGGUCACCAUUAUUCCUUGGGUAGUCAAAGGUUAUUCAGCCAAGUACAAUCUUCUUGCAAGAAACCCAAGUGGUUUGAAGAUCUUCAUCGAAAGGACCCACACCUUGACUUGGAUGCUGUCAUUCUAGCUAUGAACAGUGCCGCAGCAGCAAGAAUGCUCUUUCAGAGAAAUCUUCAUGCUAGAAGAUCUGCCUCACUUUUCCACGUUAUUUGUUUGUUCGGUACCUUUGCAUGGAAACUAUUUGCUGCAUCAGUGGCUUCACUAGCAAUGGUCUUCUAUAUCAUUCUUCAGUCUCUCCAUGUUCUUUAUUGUAGUGUGUCACAAUCAUUUAUAUGCAUCACAUUGGAAAAUGUAUUCAGCAAUACUCGAAAAAAUAUUCAAAUUCGCUGCUUUCAGUUGUUGUAUUGGCCAAUCUUUCUCCAGGAUCAUGUUAUAAGGUCCCGGUCAUGUGUUGAAUUUGCGGAGAAAGCUGCAUUACAUAAGCACUCAAUGUGGUCUAGCAUUGUAGUUGAUGUUCUUAUUGGAAAUUUGCUUGGUCUUGCACUUUGGUUCCAGGCAGAAUGUGCUUGCCUAUGGGUUUCAAACUUUGCUAAUGACAUCACGGACUAUUGGUUGCGAACUGGUUGUGUAUGGCUGAUGGGAAAUCCAGCGGGUUUCAAGUUGAAUACUGAGCUAGCUGGAAUUCUUGGCAUGAUAUCUCUUAAUGCAAUUCAAAUAUGGUCUACCCUUUGGUUUUUUAUGGGUUUCAUCUUCAUUUAUUUUAUUAAAGGACUUGCUAUAUGUGGGAUUCUUUUUGGUUCAACAGUGGCAGCAGCUUUGAUAAUUGAUGCAAUAUCACUAGUUACCACUCAUGUUCUGACUCUUCAUUCGUUUCUUUCACUUGUCUAUUCACAGCAGAUACAGGCGAUUGCAGCUUUAUGGCGCCUUUUCAGGGGUAGGAAAUGGAAUUCAUUACGUCAGAGAUUAGAUAGCUAUGACUACAGUGUUGAGCAACAUGUAGUUGGCUCUCUUCUGUUUACCCUACUUUUACUUCUACUACCUACCACAUCUGCAUUUUAUAUUUUCUUCACCAUUUUGAAAACGGCCGUGAGCUUUAUCUGCAUGGUUGUUGAGGUUGCUAUAUCUUUAAUUCAUGCCACUCCAUAUGCCAAAGUCUUUCUUUGGUCAGUCAGGAAGAGAAGAUUUCCAUCUGGGAUUUGGUUUGAAAUUUUAUCUUGUGAACAAACUGCCGUUAAUUACUCAGAGAUCAGAUCUCCGGCAAGAGCUAGUUCAUCCAGUGGGAAGCUGCAAAAAACAACUGAUACUAGUGACAGUAAAUUCAGUGUCUUGGUUUCAUUUCUUCACAGCAACUAUUUGAGCUUAGGUGAAGUAAUAUCGCCGCACUACAGAUUUGUUUAUUCAGCAUUUUCUAGGUCGUCUAUUGCCUCAUUAGCUCAUGGAGUUCUCACUGGGAGAAGUGUUCCAUCUGCUCAGGGAACCACUCUUCGUCCAAAAAUGCCAUGGAUGGUUCUUCCUUGGAAAGAAUAUUGGCGUCUUUGCCGUGAUGCAAUCUAUGCUUGCAAGGGAGAUGGCUAUUGUCAUUUACAUCAACAAUUCUAA